UUGACGGACCGGUGCGAGACAGUUCAUAGCAAGCAAAUUUCAUCUCAUCUCGUUAUCGUCAGAAUUGAGUGCAGUUCGAAAAAGUGCAAAACUUUGAGGAAUUUCUAAAGAAACUGUCGUAACACAAGCCGAAAUAUUGUCUGCUGUUUUGUAGUGUGUUUGGAGGCAUUUAUUUUUCUCAAAACUACCGAAAGUAGCAGAAAAGGCCGUCGGAAUGGCGUCCUAUCAAAUCGCAAAUUUGCUCGAGAAGAUGACGUCCAAUGAUAAGGACUUUCGUUUCAUGGCUACAAACGAUCUAAUGAGCGAGCUUCAGAAGGACAGCAUUAAGCUGGAUGAUGAGUCGGAAAAGAAAGUCGUCCGGAUGGUGCUUCGUUUAUUGGAAGACAAGAACGGCGAGGUGCAAAAUCUAGCUGUUAAGUGCCUCGGCCCACUCGUAAACAAGGUGAAGGAAAACCAGGUGGAAACCAUUGUGGAUUCGCUUUGUGGUAACAUGGUCUCGAACAACGAACAGUUACGAGAUAUUUCCAGCAUUGGUUUGAAAACGGUAAUCUCUGAACUCCCCCAGUCCUCGAAUUCGUUGGUUCCCAAUGUAUGUCAGCGUAUUACUGGAAAACUGAGCAAUGCUAUCGAAAAGGAAGAUGUUUCGGUUCAGCUAGAAGCACUUGACAUACUGUCGGAUUUGCUGUCUCGUUUCGGUGACUUGCUUGUCCCAUUUCACGAUCUAAUUUUGAAGGCUCUGGUGCCGCAGCUGGGCUCGGCUCGUCAGGCGGUACGUAAGCGUACAAUUGUGGCGCUUUCCCAUCUACUGACUACAUGCAAUAAUAAUGCGUACAAUAAAGUGAUCGAACAUUUGCUGGAUGGCUUGGAAAAGCCACAGAAUCAGAGUAUGGUGCGGACUUACAUCCAGUGUUUGGCGGCUAUCUGUCGGCAGGCGGGUCACCGUUUGUGCAACCAUAUAGAGAGGGUCAUGUUUCUGUUGAAUCAGUACAGCCAUCGAGACGAUGACGAGCUUCGUGAAUUUUGCCUGCAGGCAUGUGAAGCCUUUGUUCAACGAUGUCCCGAAGCAAUUUUGCCGCAUAUCCCGUCGAUCGUUGAACUUUGUUUGAAAUACAUAACGUAUGAUCCGAAUUACAACUACGAAGCUGACGACGGUGAUAUAGGCGUUUCCAUGGAUAUGGAGGAUGAUGAUGACAUUGAUAGUGAAGAGUACAGUGAUGAUGACGACAUGAGCUGGAAAGUUCGUCGUUCUGCAGCUAAGUGUUUGGAGUCUGUAAUUUCUACCAGACAUGAACUAUUGGAGGACUUUUACAAAACGCUGUCGCCAGCGCUUAUCGCGCGAUUUAAAGAGCGCGAGGAAAAUGUGAAAUCGGACAUCUUUCAUGCGUACAUUGCACUGUUGAAAUCUACUCGUCCAAUCGGAGACGAUAUUGCCCACGAUCCCGAUUCGAUGGAACAAGUACCCAGCUCAAUCAGUAUGUUGCAAGAUCAGGUACCAACGAUUGUGAAAGCCGUUCAGCCACUUAUGCGAGAGAAAUCGGUAAAAACUAGGCAGGAUUGUUUUCUGUUGCUCCGAGAGCUGCUGAAUGCUUUGCCAGGUGCUCUGUCCAAUCAUAUUGAUCAGCUGAUGGGUGGAAUACAUUACUCAUUGAAUGAUAAAAAUUCUACAUCGAACAUGAAAAUCGAUGCGCUUGGUUUCAUCUACUGUAUGCUAGCGGGUCACAAUCCUCAAGUAUUCCACUCACACAUUAAAACCCUUGUUCCCCUUAUCGAGGCCGCUGUUUUCGAUUCUUUUUAUAAAAUUGCCACCGAAGCCCUUCUUGUUUUGCAACAACUGGUGAAAGUCAUUCGUCCUCUGAACAUUGAAACAAAUUUCGACUUUACACCGUAUGUCCAUCCAUUAUACUCGAGCACAUUGCAAAAGUUGCGUUCUCCAGAGGUUGAUCAAGAAGUGAAGGAGCGAGCUAUCGCUUGUAUGGGCCAAAUUAUAGCUAACAUGGGAGAUGUACUGCAACAAGAACUCAACACCUGUUUGCCCUUAUUUAUGGAAAGAUUGCGUAACGAAGUUACCCGACUCAGUUCGGUCAAAGCUCUCACCAUGAUCGCCGCUUCGCCAUUGCGAGUAAAUCUCAGCCCGAUUAUUGCAGAAGUAGUACCUGUGCUGGGAUCAUUCCUCCGGAAGAACCAGCGUGCACUUAAACUAAACUCACUCACUCUGCUUGACACACUGGUCACCCACUACAAUCAAUUUAUAGACCCCAUACUGCUACGGAAUGCAGUUUCUGAAGUCCCACCGUUACUGUCCGAAUCGGAUUUACACGUAGCUCAGCUUUCACUAGCUUUCCUAACUUCGGUUGCUCGUCAGCAACCUCAGGCUCUAGUUGGAGUACACGAACAAAUUUUACCGGAAGUUUUGACGUUGGUGCGAUCACCGUUGUUGCAGGGGACUGCUUUGAACUGCACUUUGAAACUGUUCCAAGCUUUAGUUCAAACAAAUUUGCCUGGAUUAAGCUAUCGUCAUUUGCUGAACAUGUUAAUGCAUCCGGUACACAAUCAACCACAGGGACAAACUUUGCACAAGCAAGCCUACCACUCUCUGGCCAAGUGUAUUGCCGCGCUAACGUUGCAGGUCCCGAACGAGGCCGUCACGGUGGCGAAAGAAUUUUUGCGAGAAAUUCAAAACAGACGGAGCGAUGCCCAUUUGGUAUUCUAUCUUCUAACUAUAGGAGAAAUUGGAAGGCAUUUCAAUCUGAGCUCCAUCGAAUCGCUGGCUCAAAUGAUUCUUAACUGCUUCUCGGCAUCUUCUGAAGAUGUUAAGGGAGCGGCCUCUCAUGCGCUUGGAGCUAUCGCGGUGGGAAAUCUGAACUAUUAUUUAGGAUUCAUACUGAAUGAAAUCGAAGCCCAGCCAAAGAGGCAAUAUUUGUUGCUGCAUUCAUUGAAAGAGGUAAUCUCGUCGCUAUCCACCAGUAAGAAUGGUUUGGCACAGCUGUUACCAUCUGUGCCAUCAAUCUGGGCUCAGUUGUUCAAGAACUGCGAGUGUUCUGAAGAAGGAUCGCGUAAUGUGGUGGCAGAAUGUUUGGGAAAACUUGUGCUAGUUGAUCCCGAGAAACUGCUGCCACAGCUUUUGUUGGCUUUGGACAGCAAGAGUCAUCUGAUGCGCACGGCAGUUGUUUCAUCAAUUAAAUUCACCAUCUCCGACCAGCCACAAUCGAUCGAUCCGUUGUUGCGACAGUGUAUUGGACAGUUUCUGUUUGCUCUGCAAGACCCAGAGCCAGCCGUUCGUCGGGUUGCGCUGGUCGCAUUCAACUCGGCCGUACACAAUAAACCAAGCUUGGUGCGUGAGUUACUCCCUGAACUAUUGCCCCAGUUGUACUCCGAGACUAAAGUGAAGAAGGAUCUCAUUCGUGAGGUAGAGAUGGGUCCUUUCAAGCACACCGUCGAUGAUGGUUUGGACAUCCGAAAGGCUGCAUUUGAAUGUAUGUACACUUUGUUGGAACAAGGACUGGACCGUGUUGACAUCAUGCAGUUUCUGGAACAUGUGCAGGCUGGCCUUAAGGAUCAUUAUGAUAUCAAGAUGUUAACUUAUUUAAUGACAGCUAGACUGGCCGUGCUGUGCCCAUCAGCAGUGUUACAAAAGCUAGAUCAAUUUGUUGAUCCUUUGCGGGCAACUUGCACAUUGAAGGUCAAGGCUAAUUCUGUCAAGCAAGAAUACGAGAAACAAGACGAAUUGAAGCGGUCGGCUCUAAGAGCGGUGGCUGCAUUGUGGCAGAUUCCGAAAGCAGAUAAAAAUCAACAUUUGGCUGAGUUUAUGUCGCUGAUUCGGAGCUCGUCGGAGCUGCAGCCGCUUUUCGAGUCGGUACAGAAAGACACAUCCGUAGUAGCUAACAACAAUCCAGAUAGCCUUUCGAUGGACCAGAGCUAGGUGGAACGAGGUUGUGGUUCGAUUGUGUCCAGCUAUUGGUUCAAGAAACGUAAAGUAUGGUAAUGCGAUACUCAUUGAUAACCGAUUGCUUGAUUUUUAUUUUCUAACCAAGCUUCUCACACAAAUGUAGAAUAAAAAAAAAGGAUUAUGAAUAUAUGUACGAAACGAGAAGCAUUACUUUGAGGUAUACAAUGAAAAAUAGAUGGCCGAUAAUUUCGAACGAAGAAAAAAAAUAAUACUUAUAUCAGUAAAUGAAUUAUAUGAUAAACGCGUUUGAACCAAUUGUUAAUGAAUGCAUUUAGUAUGAGUGGCAAUUUAUUAAUAUAAUCGAAUCACUUUUGAAAGAUAGACAGAUAAACGUUUCAACCAAAAUUAGAGAUUUAAAGGCAAAAGAUGUGUGAAAAAACAACGUUUACUCUCAUCAAGGAAAAAAUUGAAAACGCAUUUGUAAAAUUGUACAUUUAUUUUUUCAACUCUCGGAAGUAAAUAUUUCAUUGACCACUAAUCGGUAACAGAUCACUGUUAAGAGUACGAAGUUAAUAAACCCGGGUUGAUUUCUCCUUA